GCGUGGGAGCAUCGCGCAAUCCUCGUCCACUUCCGGCGACGUUCUGGACCGUGUUCGUCCGCGUUCCUUCUUGGCUUCCGCUUUUUUGUUGUUUUUAGUUAAUUUUGGUUAAAUUUUCGCUGCGGAGGCGCCCGUCUUGACGCCCAAUCCUCACCAUGGGCAAGCGGCAGCAUCAGAAAGACAAGCUGUACAUUACGUGCGCUGAAUGGACACAUCUGUAUGGUGGCAAAAAACCAGAUGGACCCAAAUCGGACUUCCGGAGGCUGUCUUUUGAUCGCUGUAGUUUGUCAAUGCUGCCCUUUGAGCAUCCGAUGUGUACACCAGAUGGCAUCGUCUUUGAUUUCAUGAACAUCUUUCCUUGGAUCAAGAAGUACGGAACGCAUCCCAGCACUGGGGAGAAACUGGACAUAAAGUCUCUCCUCAAGCUUAAUUUCCACAAGAACGCAGAUGGGAAAUACAGCUGCCCAGUGCUGUUCAACGUCUUCACUGACAACUCUCACAUCGUGGCGAUCAAGACGACGGGGAAUGUCUUUUCCUACGAAGCUGUUGAUAAGCUGAACAUCAAGGGAAAGAACUUUUUGGAGCUGAUAACAAAUGAGCCGUUCACCAGGAAGGACAUCAUCACUCUGCAGGACCCACAAAACCUUGACAAGUUCAACUUGACGAACAUGCACCACAUCAAACACAAGCUCAAAAUACCAGAUGAAGAGGAUGAGAAGGCGCGGCAGAAGCCAGACUACCAUCUAAAGUCGACGAACCAGGAGACCCGCGAGACGCUGGCCGAGCUGUACCGCGACUACAAGGGGGACAAGCUGCUGGCCUCCACCGCCCCACUGCCCAACAAGAAGAUUGCCGACAAAUUCAACGAGGCACACUACUCGACUGGUCAUACGGCAGCGGCAUUGAUGUCCACAACCUACACGCCACAAACGCAGAGCCAUCGAGAUGUCGUGGAUGAGGACAUAGUGCGCUUCAAGUACGUGCAGAAAAAGAAAAAGGGCUACGUGCGCAUGCUAACCAACAUGGGAGAACUCAACCUGGAGCUGCACUGCGGCAUGGUUCCCAAGACGUGUGAGAACUUCAUUCUGCUGUGCCAGAGGGGCUACUACGAUGGAACCGUUUUCCAUCGGUCGAUCCGCAACUUCAUGAUUCAGGGUGGAGACCCAACAGGGACUGGCAAAGGGGGAGAGUCGGCUUGGGGAAAGCCCUUCAAGGAUGAAUUUAAGCCGAACCUCUGCCACCAGGGGCGUGGAGUGCUUAGCAUGGCCAACUCUGGACCCAACAGCAAUGGGUCCCAAUUCUUCAUAACGUUCCGCUCCUGCACCCAUCUGGACAGAAAACAUGCUGUCUUCGGACGUAUGAUUGGAGGUAUGGAAGUCCUGCAUGCCAUCGAGAAGAUAGAGGCCAACCCCAAGACUGAUCGCCCGGAGAAAGAAAUCAAGAUUGAGAAAAUGACCGUCCUUGUGAAUCCUUUUGAGGAAGGCGAUGCACUCUUGGCAGCUGAUCGGCAGAAGGCUCUGGAAGAGGACGAGGAGCUGGAGAAAUCUCGCCUGCCGAUCGUCCGCAAGCCCGUAGCCAACCCCCAGCCCAAGACCUAUCGCUCCGGCAUCGGCAAAUACAUCGACAUGGCCGCCGUGAAGCGCCGUACGGAUGAAGAGAGCGUCGCAUCCAGCAGUGGAGCCGCGGGGCCAUCGUCUGCGAAGAAACUCAAGACCAGCUCAUCGCGUUAGACGAGCAGCAGUGUGUAGCAGGCUUGUUGUGGGCAUCAACGGCAAGUGCCAGUGGUAUUUCACGUAAUUUGUGUCGAUUAAGAGCAUUAUUCUCCGUUCAUUAUUUCCGCCUCUCAUAAGGCACCAUGGCAAGAUGGAUGAUCUACAAUGGCUGCGGGGUGUUUGUGGGGAAAAAUGGACCCCUUUGUGCAUUUGCAUGAGUGAGAACAGCCGUACAGAGGGACAAUUUGUGCACACUCACGUCAAGGUGAUAACAGAAACACGUGAUGGCAGUGGCCCUUCUCCGCACCGCACAUGAUGGAAGUAUUCAAUUACAGAGCUACUGGUUUUCAUGUUUUAACCUAACGGAAAUGGAUUUCACUGAUGCAGACUACUCCCUUUGUGAAAGGCAUGAAAGGCAAAAGCCAGAGCAGUUCAGAGGUGGCAGCCACGUGCUUAGGAGACAGGUGACACGGGCGAUCACACGACAACGCCGCCCACAAGAAAAGGACCAGCACUGCACUUGAUAAUCCUUCACCAAUGUAUCAGCGCGCUCCUCCUGACACACGAACAUGACCCACCAGCGUCUGGAAGGGUCAGAGGUUGAACCUUGGCAGAGUGUCCACAACCACUUAGCAGUUCCACCAGAUGACGACUGCCUGGGCUGCCCUCUCGGUGGGGCAGAUUCUAUCUCCAGGCUGGCGAGUUCUCGUCACGCCACCGUGUGCGGCAGGCCGAUGUCACGCUGGGAUGUACAUUACUUUGACAUACGUCUUGUGCCCAGCCUCAUUUGCCCGAUGGACAAUGUAGAUGGGGGGGUAGGGGGGUGCUGAGCAGGGUCAUUGUAGUUGGUGAUUGAUCGUGUAGAUGCGUGGUGUGGUUGGUAAGGAUGCUAGCGAGUCGUAUGAUCUCAUGGCUUUUAGGAGAGAGCUAGCAGUUGGUCCAAAUACAAGAAGCCUUAGCCUGGGUUUAGCAUGGCCUUGUGUCCUCUGCCACUUUUUGUAACUGCAGUGUAGAUAUUAAUUGUAUCUUUUUUAUUUCUCUCACCCUCACCUGCCUCUGCCGUUCUUUGUCACCUUUUAUUACUUUAUAUUGUGAAAUAAAAUCUUAUCCACAA